AUGACGGAAAAAAUGACGGCAAGUAACAUUCCCUUUGCUGAUGAUCCCCUCGCCCAAGCUCUCAUCGGCGAUGACCCCAUGGAACGAGAGCAACCCAGUAUGGCUUCUCCCAGCACGUUCGACUUGGACAUCAUCGUCAAGGUCCUCCAGGGGACCAUUUUUUCGCCCAUGUUUUGUGUCUUCGUACCGCUGCUGGUGUAUUCUCAGGCGAGGAACCAAUCUGAUCCGACUUUCCUAGGCAGCUGUAUAUGGACAGCAGGGGUGUGUUUGAUAGGCGAGUCGCUCAUCGUUCAUCCUGAUUACCCUUGUCUUCUACCGCUAACACUGUGGAAUCACGCAGAUAGGAUAUACGCUUGUCAAGGUUCUUGGUUAUUCGCGCCGCCUAAACUCGAUUGGGGAGAACAGAUCGUUUUGAUCACAGGGGGUGGUUCUGGUAUGGGAGCUCUUCUAGCUGAGACUCUGGCUAUGCGGAAUGUCACAGUUGUCGUAUUGACCAACACUCCCCAAAAGGUUGAGUCUGAAAAUUACAGUAUCACAAGUUAUGUCUGUGACGUGUCGGAUCCAAAGCAAGUAUCAACAGUCGCAGCUCAGAUCAGGGAAGAGAUCGGAGAUCCUACCGUUAUCGUCAAUAAUGCCGGAGUUGUCAAAGGGAAACUCUUACUCGAUCUUUCCGACGAUGAUGUACGAGACACCUUUGGUUCCAACACACUAUCUCACUUCUGGGUCCUGCGGGAAUUUCUGCCUGCCUUGAUCAGAAAUAAAAGGGGUCAUGUGGUGACUAUGUCAAGUAUCAUGGGUUUGGUAGGUUCGGCCCAGAUGGCCGAUUACUGUGCAAGUAAAGCAGCUGUGAUAUCUCUUCACUCAUGUCUGAGGUUCGAGUUGGACAAUCGAUACAAAGCCCCAGGUAUCCGCACCACCCUAGUCAUACCAUCUUUUGUCCAGACGCACAUGUUCAGCAGAACCAUUCUCCCCAAUUCUAAACUAUUCAACUUCUUGGCUCCUCCGGUUCAACCACAUGAGGUCGUCAAGCGGAUCAUAGCCGCUAUAGAUUAUGACGAAUCGCAAGUCAUCCGCCUACCAUUUUACAGUAAUCUGGCUAGGUUCAUGGGGCCUGCAGUUGGAAUUGUACCAAAAUGGGGAGUUGACUUGUUGCAGAAAAUUGCAGGUGCCGACCACGCCAUGAGAUCUUACGGUCCUCAUCCCGACGCCGCUGAGCGUCUUAUAUCUGGCGAAUUCGUCCAAUCACCAACAGACCAGAGGGAAAGACAAAAAAGUCCUACUCCCGCUUGA